UCCCACCCUCAGGUGCCCUACACUCCGUGCUCCCGACGGCGGCGUGUGUGUGUGUGGUGGUGCUAGGAAGCUCGCUGAAGGUCCAAGAGCCGUACCAUUGUAUCUGAGAGUCUUUACCUCGACAGCUUGUUAAGCAUCCACCACCAACAUGCCCGGCCACGUCAAGAAGUCCACGGGACCAGACCCUGAUCCCUCGGAGUUCCUGUACGUCUCCCUCGAGCAGAAGCGCGUUGAUCAGACCAAACCUUACGACGCCAAGAAGUCCUGCUGGGUCCCAGAUGAGAAGGAUGGCUUCACGGAGGGUGAGAUUCAGGGCACCAAGGGUGACCUCGUCACUGUCAUGGCCAAAGGCGAGUCGAAGAACUUCAAGAAGGAUCUUGUACAACAGGUCAACCCUCCCAAGUUCGAGAAAUGCGAGGACAUGUCCAACUUGACCUACCUGAACGAUGCCUCCGUCCUGUACAACUUGAAGGCCCGUUAUAUUUGCAAGCUCAUCUACACCUACUCCGGUCUCUUCUGCGUCGUCGUCAACCCCUACAAGCGCUACCCCAUCUACACCAACCGCGUGGUCAAGAUCUAUCAGGGCAAGAGGCGUAACGAAGUACCUCCCCAUCUCUUCGCUAUCUCUGACGGCGCCUACAUGAACAUGAUCCAGGGUGGUGAAAAUCAGUCUAUGUUGAUUACCGGUGAGUCCGGUGCCGGCAAGACUGAGAACACCAAGAAGGUACUCUCCUACUUCGCCAACGUCGGCGCCACCACCAAGAAACCCGGUGAAGACGCGAAGCCUAACUUGGAGGACCAGAUCGUCCAGACCAACCCAAUCCUGGAAGCCUUCGGUAACGCCAAGACCACCCGUAACGACAACUCUUCCCGCUUCGGUAAAUUCAUCCGUAUUCACUUCGGACCAAGUGGCAAGCUGUCCGGUGGUGACAUUGAGGUCUACCUGCUGGAGAAGGCUCGCGUCAUCUCCCAGCAGCCUCUUGAGCGCUCCUACCAUAUCUUCUACGAGAUGAUGUCCGACCAGAUCGAAUGGAUUAAGCCCAAUUGCUUGCUUAGCAACAAUAUCUACGACUACCACUACGUCUCGCAGGGCAAGGUCACUGUGCCCUCCAUUGAUGAUAAAGAGGACAUGCAGUUCUGUGACGAAGCCUUUGAUAUUCUUGGUUUCUCGAGAGUGGAAAAGGAGAACGUCUACAAGCUGACUGCUGCAGUCAUGCACUUCGGUGAGAUGAAGUUCAAGCAGAGGGGUCGCGAGGAGCAGGCUGAGGCCGACGGCACUGAGGUAGGAGAUACCAUCGGGAAACUGAUGGGUAUAGAUGGUGCUGACCUUUACAAGAAUAUUACCAAGCCCAAGAUCAAGGUAGGCACAGAGUUUGUAGCCAAGGGCAUGAACGUGGAUCAGUGUUUCUACGCCGUCGGUGCCCUGGCCAAGGCUAUGUUCGAUCGUGUGUUCAAGUGGUUGGUUACCAAGUGUAACGUAACUCUUGAGACGGGCAAGAAGCGUGCUUCCUUCAUCGGUGUCCUCGAUAUUGCUGGUUUCGAGAUCUUUGAGUUCAACGGCUUCGAGCAGAUCUGUAUCAACUUCUGUAACGAGAAGCUGCAGCAGUUCUUCAACCAUCACAUGUUUGUGCUGGAACAAGAGGAGUACAAGAGGGAAGGUAUUAACUGGGUCUUCGUCGACUUCGGUAUGGACUUACAGGCCUGCAUCGAGCUCUUCGAGAAGAAAAUGGGUCUGCUCUCCAUCCUGGAGGAAGAGUCCAUGUUCCCCAAGGCCACUGACAAGUCUUUCCUUGAGAAGCUGAACGCCAACCACCUUGGCAAGACUCCCGUGUUCAUCAAGCCCAAACCUUCGAAGGGUGGAGCAGAAGCCCACUUCGCCAUCGUUCACUAUGCUGGUACUGUCAACUAUAACCUGGCUGGCUGGCUGGAGAAGAACAAGGAUCCCCUCAACGACACCGUCGUCGACCAGAUCAAGAAGGCCACCAACGAACUUUCUGUUAUUAUAUUCGCAGAUCAUCCUGGUCAAUCGGCAGCCGCAGAUCCUAAAGGAGGUCGAGGACAGAAGUCUGGAGCUUUCAAAACUGUCUCCUCGGGUUACAGGGAGCAGCUCAACAACCUGAUGAAGACCCUCAACGCCACUCACCCCCACUUCAUCCGAUGCAUCGUCCCCAACGAGACCAAGUCCCCAGGUGUCAUUGACGCGGCCCUUGUCAUGCACCAGCUGACCUGUAACGGUGUGCUUGAGGGCAUCCGUAUCUGCCGUAAGGGCUUCCCCAACAGGAUUCCCUACAAGGACUUCAGGCACCGUUACAAGAUCCUGGCCACCAAGGAGAUGGACUCGAUUUCUGACGAUAAGGAGGCCGCAAAGGCUUGCUUCGAUAAGGCUGGCCUGAACGAGGAGUUGUACCGCACGGGCAAUACUAAGGUGUUCUUCCGUGCUGGUGUCUUGGGUACUCUGGAGGAGAUUCGUGACGACAAACUGGCUCACCUGAUCACAGGACUUCAGUCGUGGAUCCGAGGCUACCUCAGCCGAAACAACUACAAGAAGCUCCAAGAGCAGCGCGUCGCUCUGAUCGUCGUCCAGCGUAACCUGAGGAAGUUCAUGAAGUUGCGUAACUGGGGUUGGUUCAGGCUGUGGCAGAAGGUCAAGCCCCUCCUCAAUGUCACCCGCAUUGAGGACGAGAUGAAGGCUCUUGAAGAGAAGGCUGCCAAGGCUCUCGAAGAACUCGAGAAAGAAACCAAGCUUCGAAAGGCACUAGAAGCUGCAAACAUGGCGCUGCAAGAAGAAAAGAAUAACCUUCAACUUACUCUGGAAUCUACCAAGGGCAACGUGUCAGACUUCCUUGACAAGCAAGCCAAACUGCAAAGUCAAAAGGCCGACCUGGAAGCUCAGCUAAAUGAAGUCACUGCCCGUCUGCAGCAAGAAGAAGAUGCUCGCAAUUCGCUCUUCCAAGGCAAGAAAAAGACUGAGCAGGAGAUUGGUGGCUUGAAGAAGGAUCUUGAAGAUGUUGAACUAGUUGUCCAGAGACUGGAACAGGAGAGGGCCACCAAGGAUCACCAGAUCCAUAACCUCAACGAAGAGAUUUCUCAUCAAGAGGAACUUAUCAACAAGGUCAACAAGGAGAAGAAACAUCUUCAGGAAUGCAACCAGAAGACCGCCGAAGAUCUCCAGGGCAUCGAAGACAAAUGCAACCACCUGAGCAAGGUUAAAUCCAAGCUGGAGCAAACUCUCGAUGAACUUGAAGAUUCCCUUGAGCGAGAAAAGAAGCUCCGAAGUGAAAUCGAGAAGUCCAAGAGGAAGGUUGAGGGCGAUCUCAAACUUACCCAGGAGGCGGUGGCAGACCUGGAGCGCAAUCAAAAGGAAAUCGAGAACACUGUCCAGCGCAAGGAUAAGGAAAUCACUAGUCUUUCCGGGAAGCUAGAAGAAGAACAGAUCCUCGUGUCAAGAACCCAGAAGCAGGUCAAGGAGUUGCAGGCCCGCAUCGAGGAGCUGGAACAGGAGGUUGAACAUGAACGUCAGUCUCGCGCCAAGGCUGAGAAGGCCAAAGCAAACUUGGCUCGUGAGUUAGGAGAUCUCAGCGACCGCUUGGAAGAAGCCGGCGGCGCGACAGCGGCUCAGAUCGAGCUGAACAAGAAGCGCGAGUCAGAGUUGGCGAAGCUGCGCCGCGACUUGGAGGAGACCAACAUCCAGCAAGAGGCUGCCCUCGCCAACCUCCGCAAGAAGCAUAAUGAUGCAAUCAACGAGAUGUCUGACCAAAUUGACCAUCUCAACAAGCUGAAAGCAAGGACCGAGAAGGACAAGGACGCCAUGAAGCGCGAGGCUGACGACGCCAAGGCUGCCAUGGACGCUCUUGCUCGCGACAAGGCGGCUGCCGAGAAGACUACCAAACAACUCCAGCACCAGAUGAACGAAAUCCACUCCAAGCUCGACGAAGCCAACCGCACCCUCAACGACUUCGAUGCCUCUAAGAAGAAGCUCGCUGCUGAGAACUCCGAUCUUCUGCGCCAAGUGGAGGAAGCUGAGAACCAGAUUGGACAGCUUUCUAAGAUUAAGCUGUCACUUACUAACCAGCUUGAAGACCAGAGGAAACUUGCUGAUGACGAAAGCAGAGAGCGUGCUACUCUUCUUGGUAAGUACCGCAACCUGGAGCACGACAUUGACGGUCUUCGCGAGCAGCUCGAAGAAGAGAGUGAGGGCAAGGCUGAUAUUCAGCGCCAAUUAUCCAAGGCAAAUGCCGAGGCUCAACUGUGGCGUGCGAAGUAUGAGUCUGAGGGCAUCGCUCGCUGCGAGGAGCUGGAGGCUGCCCGCUUGAAGCUUGCAGCUCGCCUCGAAGAAGCAGAGGAUCAAAUUGAACAACUUAACGUUAAAAAUAUGACCCUUGAGAAGACAAGGCAGCGCAUUGCCACCGAGCUUGAGGACAUGCAGAUCGAGGUCGAACGUGCCCAAGCUCUGGCCAACGCCGCCGAGAAGAAGCAGAAGAACUUCGACAGGAUCAUCUCAGAAUGGAAGAUGAAGGUCGACGAUCUUGCUGCUGAGCUUGAUGCUUCCCAGAAGGAAUGUCGCAACUACUCCACCGAGCACUUCCGCAUUAAGGCCGCCUACGAAGAGAAUCUCGAGCAGCUGGACGCUGUUCGCCGAGAGAACAAGAACCUUGCUGAUGAGAUCAAGGACUUGAUGGACCAGAUUGGUGAAGGUGGACGAACUCUCCACGAGAUUCAGAAGAACGCUAAGCGUCUUGAAAUCGAGAAGGAAGAGCUCCAAGCUGCACUUGAGGAGGCCGAGGCCGCCUUGGAACAAGAGGAGAACAAGGUGCUCCGUGCCCAGCUGGAACUCAGCCAAGUGCGACAGGAGAUUGACAGGCGUAUCCAGGAGAAGGAAGAAGAGUUUGAAAACACUCGCAAGUGCCACCAGCGGGCUAUCGACUCUAUGCAAGCUUCCCUGGAGGCUGAAGCUAAGGCCAAGGCCGAGGCUCUUCGGCUGAAGAAGAAGCUGGAGUCUG